AACCAACAUGCAGUGGAUGAAAAUGGAGAGGAUCCACUAACCAUCGCACUGAAACAGAUGCAUGCUGAUAUAGUUACACUAUUGAGAAUUGCAAGGCUUAAUGAAGAAAUGAAGGAAAGCGAUGAUGCAUUUUAUGUUGGUGCAGGUGAUGUCACUUUUACUGAUGUUUUCCGGGAUUUCUCUAAAAUGGCCUCAAAUAAUCCAGAUAUUCUACGAAGAGACUUUGGAGCAACACCCAAUACAAUAGCUAAAUAYGAUGACCCUGACAGACAAACCAGUUUGUAACUAGUUUAGCAGGUUAAAGCAAUGACAUAGAAAAAAAACAAACCAGUAUAUAAUAUCCAGUUUAACUAGUUUAGAUUUCUAGUUUAACAAGUUGACACAAGCUCAAUUUGGGAUCUAUAUUCUAUUGAAGACAAACCAGUUUGAAAACAACUUUUGAACAAUAUUAGUAACCAGUUUCUCUUGUUUUACAACAUGGUUUAUCAUUGGAACUCAAUUACUCGAUGUUAAAGAUCUUUCUAAUUAAAAAAAAAUCAGGUUUAAAAUAAGAUAAGUAAGAAUAAUACUUUGAAGUCAAAUAGAAUUAAUGCCAUAUAUUGCAACACUAUAAUUAUGUACAAUAAUAUUUUGCAAAUAAUUAUGUAAAUAUUGUUUUGUUUUUUGUGAAUUUGAUGCUGAGACAGAAACAAAUGCUCAAAAUAAUGAAAUUCUUUGUGGUUAAUCAUAAUUAAUAAUUAAUAAUCAAGUGCUCUUUUAAUAGUGACAUCUUCAAAAACACUAAAAGAUAUUGAGMUUUGCCAAUUGUUAUUGGAAGUGCAGUGAUUGCAGUUGUUACUUAAUAAUAACAAAAAAUAGCAAUACUAAAAUAAACUAAUAAGUUUACCAAAAAAGUUACCAACAAAGAAAAGGUGCAAUAGUCAAAACACCAAACACAGAAACCCAUGAAUUAGUGAAUUUUUACAGAUUUUUGACACCUUCAAAAUUGGUUAAAUCUGCUAAGAGAGACAAUACAUUGGAAUAUUGAUUAGUCUCAAGUUUUGCAAAUAAUUUUAGUGAAAUAAGUAGAGAAUUUAUUUUGAGAGUUAUCRUGUUUCUGUAUGUGAAAUUUUGUAAAUUGAAAAAUCAAAUAUAUUCAAUAAA